AUGGUUGGAGGCAUUGCCACUCAUAACGGGAAAUUCCACUGUGACGAAGCGCUUGCUUGUUUCAUACUAAAACGUCUCAACCAGUUCAGGGACUACACAUUACUGAAAGAGUUCAAUGAGACGAUGCAGACAUUGGGCAUACUGGAUUUUAACACUAGACUCAGUUCAGCUGGAUUGAUCUACGCCCAUUAUGGAAAGCAACUGAUCGCAGAGAUACUUGGUUCCUCCCACGACGAUAAGAUGGUGCAUAUACUUGGAUAUCAAACAUCUGGUGGACUUUCUGGUCGUGUCAAUCAUCUGAAUCCCUACUGGAAUGAAACUGACCCCAAGCCCGACGAGAGGUUUCAACAAGCUAUAGAUUGUGGUAUCUGUGUAGUAUUUCUUGUUUACUGA